CGUCUUUGUGACGUCACACACAUUGUCAGCUACCCUGCUUCCGCCGCGGUGCCGUCGAGGCGGAGAACAGUCGUCAUCGUUCGAAUGAAAAUGGCCGCAGGACCUCUUUCUGUUUCUUCAAACGCGUCCACAAACAAUGAUGGCAUCCUCAUUGGUGAUAAAGUUUACUCCGAAGUGUACCUUACUAUCGACAACUCGCUCAUACCCGAGGAAAGGCUCUCUCCGACACCGUCAAUGCUCGACGGCCUCGACCUACACACGGAGACCGACCUUCGCAUCCUGGGAUGUGAGCUGAUUCAGUCGGCGGGGAUUCUUCUCCGUUUACCACAGGUAGCCAUGGCAACCGGGCAAGUGCUUUUCCAUCGUUUCUUUUACUCCAAGUCCUUCGUAAAGCAUAAUUUUGAGAUUGUUGCUAUGGCUUGUGUUAACUUGGCCUCCAAGAUUGAGGAAGCACCGAGGCGAAUACGAGAUGUCAUCAACGUCUUCCAUCACUUGAAGCAGAUAAGAGUCAAAAAGACUCCAAGUUCAUUGAUUCUUGAUCAGAACUACAUUAACACCAAAAAUCAAGUCAUCAAAGCUGAGCGGCGUGUUCUAAAGGAGUUGGGCUUCUGUGUACAUGUCAAGCAUCCCCACAAGAUUAUUGUCAUGUACCUGCAAGUCCUGGAGUGUGAAAAGAACCAGACACUGGUCCAGACAGCCUGGAACUACAUGAAUGACAGCUUGCGGACAAAUGUGUUUGUGAGGUUCCAAGCAGAGACCAUUGCCUGUGCCUGCAUAUACCUUGCUGCUCGAGCUCUGCAGAUACCCCUACCGUCUAGACCCCACUGGUACCUCCUAUUUGGAGCAACUGAUGAUGAGAUUAAAGACAUCUGUAUCACCACCCUGAAACUAUAUACAAGGAAGAAGCCCAACUAUGAGCAGCUGGAGAAAGAAGUGGAGCGGAGGAAGGUGUUCAUAGCAGAAGCUAAACUAAAGGCCAAAGGGCUCAAUCCUGAUGGCACCCCGGCAUUAUCCACUCUGGGGGGCUUCUCACCUGCUUCCAAACCCUCUUCUCCAAAUGUGGUUAAAGUAGAAGAGAAGUCGCCCAACAACCAGACUGCCAAAGCAGUUAAAAAGGAGCCAGAUAGUCGCACUCAGAUUACAAAGAGUCCACACAAUGGGUUGCGAAAAGAGGUAAAGAUUGGGAGGACCAGUAGGAGUGGAAGCCGUUCCCGCUCGAGAACGCGCUCACGUUCUAGAUCUCGUUCUCCCCGCAGACAUUACAACAGCAGGCGCAGUCGCUCAGGGACUUACAGUUCUCGCUCGCGCUCUCGAUCUCACAGUCGGAGUCCUUCCCCUCGGAGACAUCCUCCUUCACCCCUCCUCCCCCACCUGAAGUCCAAGGCAAGCCAUCAUGGUAACAGUGACUCCAAGACAAGUGCACGCCAUGGCAACAGUGGUAGCAGUCAUAAGAGGAAGCGCUCACGUUCCCGCAGUCCGGUCAAAGUUGAUAGGGAACGGGACAGAGAGCGGGAAAGGGACAGAGAGCGUACCUCCUUUGACCUGUCUUCAAAAAAACACAAACACGAACGAGGCGGUGGUCAUCGAGGUGACAGGAGAGACAGGGAGAGAUCCCGGUCAUAUGAAAGGGAAAGGGACAGGGAGCGUAGUCACAAGAGCAAGCAUCACAGCAGCAGUGGACAUUCAGGACACAGUCGACACCGGCGCUGAAGUUUACCAGUAUUUUCUUUCCCUGUUGACGUUCACUUCAAGGUAUAAGGGAACGAAGAUAUUCUGUCCAGGCAAGUCAGUCAUUGUGCGGGACUUUGGAACAAGAACUAAGAAAAAAAUGUAAAUAGAGAGAGCUAAGCCCCACUUGCUCACUGAAAGUAUGCCAACAUUGACCUUCAGGCUACAUUGCCUGCCUUUUAGUUUGGUUUCUAGGUUUCUCCAAACACAUCCUUUACUCUUUACUACAAAGGUUUUCUUUUAUAGGAACGUUCAUUUUGGUACAAACGAGUAACAUUGAUGUUUGUAGCUCAUGCUGAUAAUUUGUCACCUGAAUGCAACAUGCAGUGUCUUUUUGAAGUCGCUGGAGUCUGCCUGAUGUCACGCCUGCAGCUAACAUUUAGCACAGGUGCUUGAUGUUGAUGUAGACUGUCUGAGGAACCCAGGCUGUGGCCAACAUAACCAGCACCCCACUGCUCUUGUAGUCAAUGUCACAUGACUAAGGUACUGUGAUGUGAGGAACAGAGCUGCCCCAACCUCCCACCCCAACUCACCACUACCAUCCCUCUAGCCUGCCCUGUCUGGUGGAUUUCAUGUGAAGUUACAUUUAGACAGCAAAACAUCUAUUUACAGUGUAAAGUUGGAUUGAUAUUCGCUGACGAUGUGAUUGCUUUAAUUUUUUAAAGCCAAGUUAAGUGCUCAGUGGAUUAGGGUGAACUUGUACAAAUAAAAAUGUUCAGGAAAGACCAGUUUGCACAUGGAGUGAUUGGCAGGCAGGUGCAUUUUGUGUUUGUCAAAAUGUAAGUAGCUUAAGUGCUUUUUUUGUUGCUUUUUUUGGGUUAAAUUUCCAAAGAGCGGUUUUGAUAUUGACCAGUUAUUUCUGUUUUGAUCAGGGGAUGCAGACUUCAUUAGAAGAUGUUUUAGGGCAGUUAACUGGUUACACUGGUUUUAGACUGCACAUAUUCAUGUCCAAUUUUUAUUCAAUAAAUGAGUUAUAGCACUGAAUUGUUUGGGU